AUGAUAUUCAAGGGUUCAAGAGCAUCAGAGAAACCCAUCGCGUUUGUUAUUGUUGUGUUGGCGGUAGUGGGCAUCAGCCAUGCUCGUCCCCAGCUCAACAAUCGCUACCUGCCAGCAGCAGCAGCGGCUGUGCCCAGCCAAGUGAGCUACCAGAGCUUCCAGCAGCAGCCACAGCCGCAGCCCUAUGUCCAAGUGGAGUCCAUCAGACCCGCCGUCUCUUUGGGCAGCUUCAGUGUGCAAAACAAUGGACAACAGUAUCAAACGGGACAGCAGCUCAGCAGCAGCGGCAACUUUGAGGUAACUCAGUCUAUUGUCGAGACUCAGCAAGCGGGCAACACUUACCUGCCACCUGCUGUGCCCACGCAGCUCUUCGUGCCUGCUGCACCCGUUGUAGAGCAAACUACUGUGGUGCAGGAAUCACCAGUGGUGCAACAGCAAACCUUCACAGCUCCAGCUCCAGCUCCAGCUCCAGUGGUGCAGCAAUCUUAUAGGGCGCCAGCACCAGUGGUGCAACAGACUUACACCGCUCCCGCUUCGGUGGUGCAACAGGAAACUUACGCCGCACCUGCCCCAGUGGUGCAACAGCAAGCUUUUAAUGUUCCCGCUCAGACUUUUAAUGCUCCCACUCCAGUGGUGCGACAGCAAAGCUACUCCACGUCUGCGGUUCAACAGACAUUCUCCGCUCCAGCUCCAGUGGUGCAGCAACAAAGCUUCUCAGCACCCGCGCCAGUUGCUUCCGAUGCAUAUGCUUACCCCGCUCCAGCUCCAGUGCAGCAAUACACCACUUCCGUGGCUCAGCAAUCCUAUUCCGCUGCCGCGCCAGUGAUUCAGCAAAGCUUCUCCUCACCAGUGGUGCAAGAGAGCUUCGCAUCCGCUGCGCCAGUGGUGCAACAGACCUACUCCGCUCCCGCUCCAGUGUUCCAGCAACAGCAACAAUCCUACACCGCUCCCGCUCCCGCUCCAGUGGUGCAUGAGACUGUCAUCCAGCAACAGGCACCCAUUCAGCAGACUGUUCAAGUGCAGCAAUCCCACAGUGGAUACAACUAUCAGUCACCAGUCACAGUCGCCGCUCCAGUUGCCGUAACCCAACAGUUCAGCAGCAUCUCGGCACCACAGCCAAGCUACAACACCGCUCCCGUGCAGCUGCAGCAAUCCUUUGUGCCACAAGCCUCAGUUCAAACCGUCGCACCUCAGCCCACAGUGCAGUACGCACCACCCGCAACCACCAUCUCGGUCCAGCAGCAGCCACAGCAGGUGGCCUACACCCGCCCAGCCACCACAUCCAGCACAAGCAUAGUGCAAUCCACCGCUAACGUGCAGACUUCCUUCGGCACCGGCAACGUCCUGGCCGCUGGCACCAACUACGGCACCAAUGGUGGCUACGUCUACGAGAAGCAUUAA